AUGUCAGAAGAAGCAUCACAACUCCUCCGGGAGGCGAAAACCCUCCAACAGACACUCAAAGAAUCGCUCAAGUCGAAGGACCCAUGGGAGAGGGAGACCGAUUUCACCAGGAAACAAUUGCGGCGGAACUGCCUGCGCCUCCUCCUCCUCCAUCCAUACGAGCCUGAGUCCAAGGAUGCAGAGAACAUGCUCUGGAUGUCGACAUCGUACAACUUCAUUGCAGUCUUCAAGCAGCGCAUCGCCGCCCUCGACCGUGUCAUGCACUCCGGGCCCCGGCAGCAGGGUCAGGGCCAAGGGCAGGGUCAGCAGCCGCACGGGGGGCGCAACUCGCACGUCGUCGAGCACCGCAAGCUCCUCCAACGCUUCCGCCAGUUCCUCGCCGAUGAAGAGAAGUUCUGGAUCCAGCUUAUCGUCCGCAUUCGGCGAAUCUUCGCACUCGACGACGCGCACACCGUCCUCGCCGAGCUUGGCAUCUUCGCAGACGAACCCGACCCCGCAACGACCAACGAUGGACCUCCGAAACGCAACCACUUCCAGUUCCCGCCCGACGUCGACAUUGCGGCCGCGGCGCCCGCCCUCACCCCAGCUUCACGCGAGCAGCGCGACGGCCGGAUGGCGAGCCUGAGCAAGGCGCUCGUUUGCCUGGGAGACAUCGAGCGGUACAAGGAGCAGUACAACGAGUCUGGGGGGCGUCCGCGCGCCGGGCACGAGGACGGGCCCCCAGCGGCUGGCGCGAACGGUGGACAGAAAAGUGGCCGGGGCAGGAAGGGCGGCGCCCCCUCGGGGGGUGUCCAGGCGCCAGUCAUGCCGCGGAUGCGCAACUACGACAAGGCGCAGCAAUGUUACCAGCAAGCGCGGCUGCUCUUGCCGCAGGACGGGAACCCGGCGCACCAGAUGGCGAUCCUCGCGACCUACCAGAAGGACGCGUUCGGGUCGCUCGUGCACUACUACCGCGCGCUCUGUGUCCGGACCCCAUUCGACACUGCGGCGGAGAACCUCGGGACGGUGCUGUCGAAAGCGCUCGUGCAGUGGAAGAUCAGGGGGGCGAAGAAGGACCGUGAUAAGGGGAAUGAGAUCGCGCGCGGAGACGGGCCGCCAAUGGCACCAAGACUAAGGGUGGAAGCUUUCAAGGAGAAGUUGAUUGUGCUCCAUGGGCUGUGGCGGAUACCUCCAGAAGAGGCCAACGUGCUCUCCCCCGACCUCGCAUACAAGCUUGCGGAAGACUUCCGGUCACUCAUCUCCGACCGAGUCCUUCCUCUUGACAUUAUUCUCAAGGUCAUCGUCCUCUCUCAAAGCGCUCUCUGGAAGCAUCGCAUGUUCCGCUCCAGCUCCAGCGGUCCGAAGAAAGGUCCUACCGUCGCCUCACCUGCUUCUGCGGAAUCUGCCAUCGCAUCGCACCUUCUUCUCAUGCAUCGCAUUCUUCUGGAAGUGGGACUUGUCCAACUUGCCGAAGCACCCCCAGAGGAUGUGGGCGAAGACCUCGCACAACGAAUCACCGCCGCUUUCCGACGGACCCUCCCUGCGCUCCGCAUGGCCGGCAAGUGGCUCCGCGCCAACCUCCGCUACCUCACCACUCAGCUUGGGCAAUACGAUGGCAACAACUCGAAGCAGAGACGUGAACGACGACGCAACAACGAGCGACGAUCGUCAAGCGUGGCUGGCAUUGUCGUGAUUCCUGGCCUGGCAGAGUUCUGGCGUGCAUACGCUCAGUUCUCGACUGCGUUGAUGCACGCCUUCCCUGCGGACCAGCUUCCUGCACUUGCUACGACUCUGGAAGAGGACGUGGAGCUGGCGGGGUUCGUACCACUGAAGAGCAAGGAAGGAGCGAGGGACGGACCGGUUGCCACGAACGGGAUGGGACCCUCGAUGGUACCUCUUGAGCAGGUACAUCCAAAUGAGGAGCAGCUCAUGCGCAUAUCGGACCUGCUAGCGGACGCUCAGGCGAUUGCGGAAGAUGAGGUAAGCACCUUUCUUCAUCACGAGGAAUCUUCCCGAGACGUCUCUACCACCCCACCGGAAGCCCAAGUGCCACCUCCCGCAAGACGAGCGAAGAGCUCCAAUCCCUCGCAACAGUCUACCACAAUACCGACACGGAUCCCUCAUCAGGCGCCCCCGAUCGAGACAGACGAGGACAACAUGACGGACAUCACCCGCACAGAGGACGAUCCUGUCGAAGCAGCGUUCCGAACAGUGCUGAACGCGUCUGAUGACGAUGACGAUGAGAUCAUCUGGAAUCCUGGCGCGGACGAAGCGUAUGACCUGAGCCCAGUCAUGGGUGCUGAUGUAGCGUCACCUACAUCACCUCCUCGCCAUCUGGUUGCCAGUCCAGUUACUGUCCCUCCCAAUCUCAGCAGUCCUGAGCCCAUCUCCCCCAAAUACGCGCCAAAAUUCCCCGAGCAUCUGCCGCUUGCGCCACCACCUGUCAUUUCUCCUCCGACCAUCACCACCGCGCAAGAUAUCCUCGCCAGUGUUCUGCAUCGAAGCCCGCCCCGACUAGACGCCGGACGCGCGACACACAUACGCCAAGUUUCCGCUCCUCAUGUUCCGCAGACGCACAUGCUGUUCGGCUCUAGCGCGUUGGGCACUGGGCCGUCCAUAUGGUCCUCGAAUGCCAAUGAGACGGCUGCCCUCCACCUCAACCAAGGUUUCUCGGGCAGCACUCAAUAUCAACCUCAGCCUCAAUCCCCACCACAGCUCCAGUACUCCUCGCACAACGCGGCACCCCCUCAUUCCGCACACACCUCUCUGGGUCUUGGCCACGGCAUGGCUGGUCUUGGGUCUAUGCAACAAUUUGGGGGCUCACCGUACGGCCACCAACGCGUCCAAUCACUCUCUACCUCUCGCUCGCCUUUCUCCCAGGGACAACUUGGCUCCUCUCACACCCAGUCUCACUCUUCGCAGCUGUCAGACCCCUUUGGGUCCUAUCCCGUACUCACGGACCACGCGCCAGUGGGAUACAACUCUGGCGUCCCCGGUUCAUACGCAGACCCGGUGUACACCAGGAAGCUCGACCCGCCUUCGCAAUUUCGGCAGACCGCGCCGGGCAUACCUUCUCCCCCGAGUCGCUCCGUGCCGUACCACUUCGACCCGCGACCCCCGGCGGGGAACCAGGAGUACGCACCUCUGUCCUCGAUGGCGCAGCUGUGGAACAAUUCGGGGUGA